AUGAUCGGUCUCGAUAACGUCGCGUCUCUCGACCAUGCCAGUCGCCCCCGCUCGGAGACCAGCGAACUGCCUGACUCGGAGAAAGCCAGCCCGACAUCUCACACUCGGAAAGACUCCGUGGGCGUGGAGCAGGAUCAGGGUGUGACCAAGGUGGAGGCGACGAUUCUCGUCUUUGGCCGAGGAUGGAAGUUCCGGCUCCUCUGGGCGUCCCUUUGUCUGAUGAGAUACGUCUAUUCCCUCGCCAACGGGACGACUAGCACAUAUGUUCAGUAUGCUACUUCCUCAUUCUCCGAGCACACCAUCCUCGGCACCAUCUCGGUCGCAACUCUCCUUGUCAGCGGUCUGUCAACCCCGUUCCUGGCCAAGCUAGCAGAUCUAGCCUCCCGCCCCGUCGCCCUCUUGGUCGCCCUCGUGCUCUUCACUCUCGGCUACAUCAUCGUCGCCGCUUCCAACACGGUCGACGCCGUUGCCGGUGGCGAGAUCAUUUACACCCUCGGCAGCACCGGACUCGACUUCAUCGCAGGGAUCAUCGUCUCCGACAUGACGUCGCUCCAGUGGCGCGGCUUCGCGUACGCGACCACUAGCGCUGCCCCGUUGCUCAUCAACACCUGGGUCUCGACCUUCAUCACCACCGGGAUAUCUGCAAACACGGCGAACGGCUGGCGCUGGGGGUUCGGGAUGUUCGCGAUCCUCGUUCCCGUCACUUUGACACCCGCCUUACUGCUUCUCUUCUGGGGCGAGCGGAAAGCAAAGACGCUGGGAGCACUAUCUGUCACUGCUUCCGGUCAGAAGCAGCCCGGGGUCAUCCAAGCAAACUCAGGCCAGUCUCUUGCUCGCAAAUUCAUCGCGAGCUGGAACACCAUCGACGCCCUCGGUCUGCUUCUCAUCGGCUUCUCGUUCGCGAUGCUCCUACUCCCCUUCACGCUCUCAACGAUCGCGAAGGAUGGCUUCCGAAACCCAUCGCUCAUCGCCAUGUUUGUCGUCGCGGGCAUUCUUCUGAUCUCCACGGUGAUCUGGGAGUGGAAGUUCGCCCCGCACCCGAUCAUGCCCCGCCGCAUCUGGAACCGCACGAUGAUGUGCUGCGUGUUCAUGGACUCUGUCUACUUCCUUUCAAGCUACCUCUCGCUCACGUACCUUGCCUCAUGGGUCUACGUGAUCAAGAACGACUGGUCGCUAUCAAAGUACACGUACUGGAGCUACACGCAGACGGUUUCUGGCGCCGCCUUCUGCAUCGUCGUCGGUGUUCUUCAGCGCUACACCCACCGCUACAAGUACCUCCAAGUCUUCGGCCUCUGCCUCCGUGUCGUCGGCCAAGGCCUCCACCUCUACGCGAUCCAGAACCCAUCCACCGCCGUGCUCGUCCUCGCCUCCUUCGUCAUCUCCGUCGGCGGCUCCUUCCAGAUCGUCGGCUCCAGCGUCGCCGUGCAGGCCUCGGUCCCGCACCAGGACAUGGCGCUCGCCUCCGCCCUCCUCGGCCUCUGCUCGAGCAUCGGCGGCUCCGUCGGCUCCGCGGUCGCCGCCGCGGUGUGGAACGCGGCGGUCCCGCGCGGCCUCGCGCGCCUCCUCGGGGACGUCUACACCGACGCGGAGCGCGCGGCGAUCUUCGGGAGCGUGCUCGUCGCGCGCGACGUCCCGGAGCACGCGCUCGUCGUCCAAGCGUACAACGACGCGAUGCGGCCGCUGUUCAUCGCCGCGCUCGUCACCGCGGUCCCGCCGAUCGUCGCGGGGCUGCUCACGGAGGACUUCUACCUCGGCACGCGGCACAACGCGAUCGAGGACAAGGAGAUCGCGGUCGGUGCGGAUGGGACGGGCGAGGAGGCGAUCCGGGCGCGCGUCGCGGCGCAGACGGUGCCAUCGGAGAAGCAGCAGGGUGCGAUGGCGUAG